UCCCAUCUCUAUAUUUACGAUAAUGAGAAAUUUAUAUUUUUAUAAUUACAAAAAUAAAUCAAUUUAUAUUAAAAUCUUCAAAUUAACUUCUUGAUUUCCCUUUUAAUUAUUUUCUCAACUUCUUAAUAAAAAGAUAUUGAAGUUUAACCUUCGUCAUUGGUUCGUUAACUAGGAGGAAGUUGUUUACUUCGCGUUGUAGUGGACGCCAUUUUGAUCACCAAAUCCUUUUGUUAAUAAUUUCUAUUCGAACCUCGUAUGGUGGAUAAAUAUUUGAUUAUACCUAAUAAAGAGAAUAAAAUACUGAACUUUAGACUUUUCGUUAUUGGCACAGGAAAAGAAAUAUUUCAUUACAGCUAAAAAUAACUUGGUAUCCAGAUAACGACACCUCUACGUUCUCUCUAGAUAUACGACUCCAAUCGACAAUUGUGUUGAUGAUAAUAUAAUAUUCCAACUUAUAAAUAACGUUUCGGACGUGUUUGAAGCAGUUUAGAAGCUGAUACAUAAAAUUAUUGGGAAUACUACAAACAAUAAUAAAAAAAACCAUCAACUCUUAGAGAUGUUGAAACAAAUGUUUGGUUAUCUUAUUUGCAUGAUUCCCGUCAUACUAAUAUGGUUUUUCAUGAAGGAAAACAGAUAUAAAUACCUCUACAUACUCCGGAAAACAUGGCGGAGGGAUUUAAGAGGUAUUUUGAUGGUUCUUAAAGCUUUCGCAAGAAUAGGUAUUAGUGAAAUAAAAAAAGAAACGGUACCGAAAAUAUUUACCAGAAUAGCUAAUAAAACACCCGAUAAAGUAGCGAUUUAUUUUGAAAAUGAAACAUGGACUUUUCGUCAGUUAGAUGAUUAUAGUAAUCGAAUAGCGAAUUAUUUUAUAUCGAUUGGUUACAAAAAAGGCGAUACCGUCGCCCUUUUAUUAGAAAAUAGGCCUGAAUAUGCGGCCAUAUGGAUGGGAUUGGCAAAAUUAGGUGUGAUAACAGCCUUAAUCAACACGAAUUUGAUAUCGAAACCUUUGUAUCAUUGUAUAUCUGUGGCUAAAGUGAAAGCUUUGAUAUUUGGUUCGGAUUUUAGCAAUGUUGUUUACGAUAUUUUUCCGAAUUCCCAAGAUGGGAUACAGUUGUUCCAAUUAAAUACAUCGAAAAAUGAUGAUGUCCAAAUUCGUGACGACAAAAUUCUAGAUCUGCAACACUGCAUAUCGAAUCAAUCGACUUCUUCGCCCGAAAUAGAAAUUAAUCUAACGAAUCCUAAGGAUAAACUACUUUACAUUUAUACUUCCGGCACAACGGGACUUCCGAAAGCCGCCAAAAUUACAAAUGCCAGAUUCAAUUUCGCUGUAACUGGUAUACAUUAUUUUGUGUCCUUCGAGGACAAUGACGUUUUUUAUAAUCCCUUACCUUUGUAUCACGCGACAGGUGGUAUGUUAACGAUUGGUCAAUGUUUACUUUUUGGUGUGACUGUCGCAUUGAGAAAAAAAUUUUCCGCUUCCCAUUUUUGGACAGAUUGCGUCCUGUAUAAUUGUACGAUAGCCAAUUAUAUAGGGGAAACUUGUAGAUAUAUAUUAGCCGCGAAUAAGGGGGAAAACGACGUCAAACACGGAAUAAAAAAAAUGUUCGGAAACGGUUUGAAGAAAGACGUUUGGAUAGAUUUCGUUAAAACUUUCAAAAUUCCUCAAAUCAUCGAAUUUUACGGUUCCACCGAAGGCAACACCAAUUUAAUUAAUUUAGAUAACACACCGGGAGCGGUGGGAUUUUUACCGUUUUAUUUAGCGCCAAUAUUUUCCAUACUUUUGAUAAAAUACGACGAAGAAACCAAACAACCGAUUCGAAACGAAAAUGGACAUUGUAUAAAAUGUGAACCGGGCCGACCCGGCGUUUUGAUUGGGAGAAUUCACGAAAAAAUAAGCACGCACAACUUCGACGGUUACGUCGACGCCAAAGAAACCGUCAAAAAAAUAUUAAAAGAUGUUUUUAGAAAAGGAGAUUCGUAUUUCAAUUCCGGUGAUCUAAUGGUGCAAGACGAAUUCGGUUAUUUUUAUUUUAAAGACCGAACCGGAGAUACAUAUAGAUGGAAAGGAGAAAACGUGGCGACAACGGAAGUUGAAUUAGUAAUUUCCGAUAUAAUCGGACCAAAAGACGUCGUAGUAUAUGGUGUAGAGGUACCAAAGAACGAAGGUAAAGCCGGUAUGAUAGGAAUCGCCGAUAAAAACCGAACAGUAGAUAAAAAAACUUUAGCCGAGGGUUUGAAAUCUCAAUUACCUGCUUACGCGGUACCUCUAUUUUUGAGGAUAAUGGAUUCGGUACCUUUAACGGGUACUUUCAAAAUGAAAAAAACCGAUUUACAACGAGAAGGUUUCGAUAUAAACGUUAUAAAAGAUCCUUUAUACGUUUACGAUAAUAAAAAAGUCGAUUACGUACCCAUACAAAAAUUUUAUCUUGACAUCAUAAACGGUACUGUCAAAUUGUGAUUUUUUUUGCCACACUGUAUAUUUAAAAAAAAUAAAUUGUUAUGCCAAAGUUGUUAUUAAAUAUAUAUAUUUUAAAAAAAUCAGUUUUUGUUGACACAUUUUAAUAAAUUGAACGACAGCUUCAGUGCAAGUACAAAAGUCGAAUGUAAUCACCUUAUAAAUAAUAAAUUUCUUUUGAAAACAAAAUUUUGUACGUAAACCGAUGACCUAUUGCCCCUUUACAUUUGAAUUAAAUUGAAUUUAAGUACGUUCAAAAUAUAAAAAAAAAUUUACCCAACCGGAAGUUGUUUCCAUGUGAUUUUGUUAUACAAGGGGGUUAAGAAAAGUAAUGUAUCGAUCGAGCGAAAAGGACGAAAAAGAAGAAGUAUUACACUCAUUUUUGGACAACUUUGAAGGAUUUAUGACAACUCAGAUUUCAUGAAAAAAAAACUAUAUUUCCAAUUAUAUAUACAGUGUGUUUUCUAUUUUAAACUCCACAUAUAAAAUUCAAUAUGAAACAAUAUUUAAAAAUAAAUAUCUGGAGCUUGAAAUGAUGUGUUUACACAAGACAAAAAGACAGAAUCAUUGAUUUUAAAGAAGCCUUUGACAACAUCAACUAAUCCAAAGUGUCAGCGGCAUUUUAAGGCUUGGAAAUGUCGAGAAAACUGAGAAACUCGAAGUUUAUGGAAGAUUCAUGAACUCAAGUUAAAUUGUGCAACCAAUGAAGUGUUGAUGGACUAUCAGCUUUUGCUGAUAACAUGGCAAUGAUAACAAGAAUCAAAAUUAAACUGUUGGAGAUGUUUGAAGAAGUAGAAAACUAAAAAUGGGUGAAUACAACUUCGAUUCAAGACCUUUUAUGUAAAUUUGAGUUUAUGAAAAACUACAAAAUUAUUUUUGGUCUUUUACGGCGAUGAAAUAUGGAGAAAGAUUAUUGAAGAGUCAAAAUAAUCGACAUCCUGCGAAAUCAAAACAUUAUUAAUUUUGUCAAAGUUCGAAUAAUCUAAUCGUUUGACAGUUGAUAGUAGAAACGUUAAUUUGACGAGUAGAUCAUAGAUAACAAAACAAGUGAGAUAUGAUAGACAACACGACAGAUGACAGGCAUGAUCAUAGAUAUCACAGAUCAGUUGACGGAUGGAAGAAACGAUAGUUGACAGAUUGAGGAAACGACAGUUGAUUGGUGGAUCAAGGAUAACACGACACGUGCGAUAAUUUGUCAGAUAGGAAGAACGAAAAUUGGCAGACGAAUAUGAUCAUAGACAUCACAGGAAGAAAUGACAGGUGCGAUCAUAGACAACACGAUAGAUGGCAAAUAUGAUUAUAGAUUUGACAGAUAGCAGAAACAACAAAUGACACAACACACGAGACAAAUGCAAGACAUAAUCAUAAAUAUCACAGAUUGUUUGACAGAUGGAGGAAACGAAAGUUGACGGAUGGAUCAUAGACAUCACAAAACAGUUGACAGAUAGGAAGAACGACAAUGGAAGGACGAAUAUGAUCAUAGACAUCACAGAUUUGACAGAUAGCAGAAACGACAAAUGACAGAUAAAAUAUUGUAUGUAAAUAUUAACAUUUUACCAUGUUUAUAUAUAUAUUUUUUAAUAUUCUAUUCACCAUGAAUAUGAAUUUUGUAAAAUUAAUGCAAAUAUAUCAAUUAUUUUGGCAAAUUUCGAACAAAAA